UAUUAUUGGUAUUAGUUAUAUAUUUACAAUCACGAAGCUCCUUAAUUCUGUGCUUCCGCUUCUGCAAAUGUUGUCUGCUUCUGCAUUCCUUUGAAUUGAUUACAGAAGCAGAGAAGAAGGACGCUGGGAGAGAGAAGAGGAUAGAGUCAAGCAACACAAACUUCCUUUCUUGUCUCCUUUAGCUUCUGCUAUUACUUCUGGGGCCUCAUUGCUCCAGAUCCACCUCACUUCUCUUCAAGCUCACUGGGGUUUUAGCCUCACUGAAUAACAUUCCAGCCCUGCCUCCAUUGAUUUGCGUGACCCUGAAGCAAAAUACCUAACAAAAAUAUUCCUCCUUCUUUAUCAAAAGUUUGCUUCUUUAAAUCCUUCUAGUGGGGUUUCGUCUCCUCUGUCUCUCUGACGACCCAUUACUGUAAAAAGGAGGGAUCAGAAUGGAUCGUCUUUCAUCCACCACUGUUCUUCCAGAUGCAUUUCAAGGGGCCAGAGAUGACAUUACCGUGCAACUCGGGUUCAUCUGGGAUCAAAUCAAAUUGCCAUUGGUGGUUCCAAUGCUAAGAUUGGCUGUGUUUCUGUGUUUGGUCAUGUCGUUGAUGCUUUUCAUGGAGAGGGUGUAUAUGGGCGUUGUCAUUACUUUGGUGAAGCUGUUUGGGCGAAAACCAGAGAAGCGUUACAAAUGGGAGCCGCUAAAAGACGACCUCGAGUUGGGGAACUCGGCUUAUCCCAUGGUCCUCGUUCAAAUCCCAAUGUACAACGAAAGAGAGGUUUAUCAGCUGUCGAUUGGAGCAGCAUGUGGGCUUUCUUGGCCUUCGGACAGAAUCAUAAUACAAGUUCUGGAUGAUUCCACAGACACGACAAUCAAGGCUUUGGUGGAGCUAGAAUGCCAAAGAUGGGCAAGCAAAGGGAUAAACAUAAAGUACGAGGUAAGAGACAACAGAAAUGGGUAUAAGGCAGGAGCUCUUAAAGAGGGAAUGAAGCAUAGCUACGUGAAGCACUGCGACUAUGUUGCCAUUUUUGACGCUGAUUUUCAGCCUGAGCCUGAUUUCCUCUGGCGCACCAUACCUUUCCUCGCUCACAAUCCUGAACUCGCCCUCGUUCAGGCUCGCUGGAAAUUUGUGAAUUCCGAUGAGUGUUUAAUGACCAGGAUGCAAGAAAUGUCGCUGGAUUACCAUUUUACCGUGGAACAAGAAGUGGGGUCUUCCACUUACGCCUUCUUUGGCUUCAACGGGACUGCGGGAGUAUGGAGGAUUGCGGCGCUGAAUGAGGCUGGUGGAUGGAAGGAUAGGACCACUGUAGAAGAUAUGGACCUUGCUGUUCGAGCCAGUCUUAAAGGCUGGAAAUUCCUCUACUUGGGCAAAAUCCAGGUCAAGAAUGAAUUGCCUAGCACUUUCAAGGCCUACCGUUUCCAACAGCACAGGUGGUCUUGUGGGCCAGCAAAUCUCUUCAGGAAAAUGGUUAUGGAGAUUUUAAGAAACAAGAAAGUAUCCUUGUGGAAGAAGGUACAUGUCAUUUACAGCUUCUUCUUCGUUCGGAAGGUGGUAGCCCACAUCAACACAUUUGUGUUCUAUUGCAUUGUGUUACCUGCGACAGUUUUGGUGCCUGAGGUUGUUGUCCCAAAGUGGGGAGCUGUAUAUAUCCCUUCCAUCAUCACCCUCCUCAAUGCUGUCGGAACUCCAAGGUCGCUUCACUUGCUGGUCUUCUGGAUUCUUUUUGAGAAUUGCAUGUCUCUGCAUCGAACAAAGGCAACAAUCAUUGGUUUGCUAGAAGCCAGUCGAGUGAAUGAAUGGGUUGUCACUGAGAAGCUUGGAGAUGCUCUCAAGGCUAAAGUUGCAGCUAAAGCACCCAAGAAACCUCGAUUCAAGAUUGGAGACAGGAUUCACUUGUUGGAACUCGGAGUUGGAUUCUACCUCUUCUUCUGCGGUUGCUAUGAUGUGUUGUUCGGGAAAAAUCACUACUUCAUCUUCCUUUAUAUGCAAGCAGUUGCCUUCUUUAUCUUGGCUUUUGGAUAUGUUGGCACAUUCGUUCCCAACUCCUAGAAGACUCUCUCUUUCUCUCUUCAUUCGGCAAUUCCAGUUUUUGUGCAAUGAUUCUCUAUGCUUUGUAAUAUAGUAUUGUGUUUUUCAUCAAGGUUCUGGCAAUUAUAGAUUAUUAGUGCAAAAAAAAAAAGAAAAGAAAAGAAAAAGGAGAUCACUUUUCAAGAAUCAAAGUAAUUGACUAGCUUGAAAGAAAAGAAUAGUUUUCUUUGUGAAUAGUGAGCAAAGAUAAGGAAAUUACAGGCAAAUUUGUUGCCAUGCAAAUGAAGCAUACAGAAGAGAAGAACAUAAAGCACUGGGGCGUCGGAUCCUGCAAAACAUCGUUGAUUGGAUGGAUUGUUUGGUAGAUUUUGUAGCACUCUGUUCAUCAUUAUUACUUGUUUCUAUUUUUUGGGGUUCUUUACAGUGUAUUCGUUUUUACAGUUUGAAGAAAUGGGAAUAGAUUAUACAAAUAUUUUCUCUUUCAGUAAACAAGCUGGGGGUUGAAAGGUUCGUCCCCACUUCUUCUUGUGUAUGCAUUUAUUAAGAGAUCUUUGUAAAUAGCA